AGGGGAAAAAAAACCCAGCAAGCAGAAAAUGCCUGGCAGAAACAGUUUACAGUUUUACAGCUCCUCCCAUUGUAGCACAUAAGUCACUAAGUUACAGUUAACUUUGGAUGAUCAAUCCAUUGCAAGCAAAACAGGAAUCUCACACUGCCUACCCUGGAGCUGCUGGGCCAUUUGCUGUGAUUUUCCCAAUUCAAUGAUGAGGGGAUCGGAACCAAUUCUGGACAUGGAGAUAGCAAACUACAGUGAAGUCUUAGACCCAACUUAUACAACUUUGGAGUUUGAAACUAUGCAGAUUCUCUACAGUUCAGGUGACGGUUCUGCUACUGAACAAACCAGCAUGAAUACGCCAGACAACGGGGUCAACAGUCUUUGUGCCAUAUGUGGAGAUAGAGCAACUGGAAAGCAUUAUGGUGCCUCAAGUUGUGAUGGGUGCAAAGGUUUCUUCAGGAGGAGCAUUCGAAAGAGUCAUGUUUAUUCCUGCAGGUUCAGCCGACAGUGUGUUGUUGACAAAGACAAGAGGAAUCAGUGUAGAUAUUGUCGUUUAAAAAAGUGUUUUCGAGCAGGAAUGAAGAAAGAAGCUGUGCAAAAUGAACGAGACAGGAUAAGCACAAGGAGAAAUAACUUUGAAGGCAGCAACAUUCCUUCUAUUAAUACAUUGGCACAAGCUGAAGCUCUUUCUCGUCAGAUUCCAGUUUCAAGUCCCAGUGCAAAUACUGACAUUAAUGUUAAGAAAAUUGCAAGUAUCGGUGAUGUCUGUGAAUCAAUGAAACAGCAGCUAUUAGUCCUGGUGGAGUGGGCUAAAUAUAUCCCUGCCUUUUGUGAGUUACCACUGGAUGAUCAGGUUGCACUUUUAAGAGCGCAUGCAGGAGAGCACCUGUUGCUUGGUGCCACAAAGAGAUCCAUGAUGUAUAAAGACAUUUUACUUUUGGGUAACAACUGCAUCAUUCAUCGCAACAGCUGUGAGGUAGAGAUCAGUCGUGUGGCCAAUCGUGUUCUAGAUGAACUAGUCCGCCCAUUUCAGGAAAUUCAAAUUGAUGACAAUGAAUAUGCUUGUCUGAAGGCAAUUGUAUUUUUUGAUCCAGAUGCAAAAGGUUUAAGUGACCCAAUGAAAAUAAAGAACAUGCGAUUUCAAGUCCAGAUCAGUUUAGAGGACUACAUCAAUGACAGACAAUAUGAUUCAAGGGGAAGGUUUGGCGAGUUGCUCUUGCUCCUGCCCACAUUGCAGAGUAUCACUUGGCAAAUGAUUGAGCAAAUACAGUUUGUCAAACUCCUUGGGAUGGUUAAAAUUGACAAUUUACUUCAGGAAAUGUUACUGGGAGGUGCUUCUAAUGAUACUAGCCAUCUUCAUCAUCCUAUGCAUCCUCAUUUAUCUCAGGAUCCACUAACUGGGCAAACUAUACUUGUAAACUCUAUGUCAACUCCAGUGCAUACAGAACAGAUCUCAACUCCUGAAACCCCGUUACCUUCCCCACCUCAAGGCUCUGGACAAGAACCAUACAAAAUAUCCACAAACCAGGCUUCCGUCAUUUCACAUCAGUCUAUUCCCAAACAAAAGCAAUUGUGAUAAUACUUAUUUCUUUCUUUCUUUUUUAACAUGCACUGCUUAAAUGUGAAUAAUAGGUGAUAUUAGAAAUAUUUUAGAAUAGUGAUUAAGGUUAACCCUUUGGCAAGGGAUUAUGGUGCUGUUUUAAAAGGGUUUCCUAUUAUCUAUUUUUUUUAAAUCUUUGAAAACUUUAAGAGAUAAAGUAAUAAUACAACUGAAUUUGGAUGUAGUUUUAACUUCUUCUAAGGUGCCUUUGCACUGUUUUGGACCAGUUAAAUCUGAUAUGCUACUUGCAGAUACCUUCUUAAUAUUCUUUAAAAUCUGUAAAUAAUUUCCUCAUAGAGACAAGAUGCAUAACUAAGUGUACUUUUUGUGGUGAAUAGUUGACUAGAAAACUUCAGUUAAAACAUGAAGCAAGGCUUGAUAAAUUAUAAACUUCUAGAUUAAUAAAUAAAGCAGUUAUUGUAUAAUGGAACCAAUUUCAUAUAACUUUUGGGCAUUGCUUGACCUCGAAGCCUAUCUUUCACUCAACAGUUCCAUGCAUUUGAUCCAAAAAUAUCUUUUGCUAGUUUUAACUUGUUUGGAGAAUUCAAGAAGCCUAUUUCAUUCACCUAAAAUUUUCAAAGAAGCAUAGGGAACAUGAAAUACUUGAGCUACACUCUGUUUGUAUGUAUAUCUGCACAUGAAUGGGUAAAUGUGUUCACUGAUAAAUGACUGACCCAUAGUAUUAUUUGUACUUUUUAAACAUACUUUUAUAUGGGAAAAAAAUCUUAAAUUUUUAAUGAAAGCAAAAGAAGGGAAGGGAAUAUCUAUAGUGCUCUGAGAAAUGUUCAUAGAGAAAACCAUUUAGUUCAGUAGAUUUUCAGAAAGCACAUGGCAAGGAGCCAAAGUGAUAGCCUAACCUGUCAUACCAAGCCAUAGUAGUUUCUAGAGGUAAUUGUGCUUUUCUUUUAUCUAAAAAAAAAGGAAUUUCCUUGCACUUUAAUCAGACAGUCCAAAAUUCUUAUACUGUGCACUUAGCAAUUCUAACAUUUUGUCAUUGUCAUGACCGCACUAAAGAAUAAGAAGAUAUUGGAGUGUCCCCAAAACUGUUUUCUACUUGUCAGUUCUCAAGCCCAAUUUGGGUUAGCAUGUGCCCUGAAGGUUGCAGAAGGGACUUUAGCCAUUCCAAUGCUAUAAUUUUCUGAAUGUUUUCAUUUAUAUGUCUUUAAGUGAAUGUAUAUGGCUCUUUAAGUGAAAUUAAGUUCUGAGAAACAAAAACCUUAAAAGCUCAGAGAGAUUUCAUAGAAAAACAACAAAAUGCCUUUAAAUGAUGUGUCCUUCUUUGUGGAUUGCUAAAUAUACCUGUAAAGGUGAGAAGAGAAAAAUUAUCUGAAUUUAUAAUUUUUGGAUAUUUGUUUUAGAGUGUUUUCUUUUUAUAUGUGUAAGGAAUCUUUGAUCUAUGUGGGUGACUAUGCCUUUUUGUUAACUUUUGAUUCUUUUUAUAUUGUUCUAGUUUUAAGACACAUUGGAAUAUGACUUAAAUAUGUAAUAUGGAAAUAAUUUUUAGUAUGUUGUAUAAAUAUACUCACAUACAUUUACCAAGCAGCUAAACUAUUGAACUUAAAAUAUUGGGUUUUCACAACUCAAUAUCAUCAGGGAAUAUAAAUGAUAGAAUAUUUUUAUAUACUGAACUGCCAAAAUAAAAAGGGUGGGUAAAGGUAUAUUAAAAGUUUCAGGAUAUUUUCAAUUAUAAAUAAAGUUAUCUAUUUUAUACAGUGCAAAAACCCUUUUCCUAUAAUGAAAAUGAAUAAUUUAUUGUGAAAUAUUGAUUUAUUUUAUAAAUGUAAAAUUAUUUUUAUAAAUUGCCUUGUUAAAAUCAAAAAUGACUAGAUUUGUUAAAUGUUAAAUUAUAGUGAAAUGAAAACAUUUUUCCCCAACUGUGAUACCAUGUUGUUUCACUGGGCUUUCAAAAUAAAUUAAAAAAAACAAACAGAAAAAAUAAAUGUCUCAAAAGGGC